AAUUGGGGAGAUAGAAUCUUAGGCAAUGAGGGUGUCUUUCCUUUCAACAACGCCUUCUUUGGUUUCACUCGCCCCUGUCCCUGACCCCUCUUUGAAUUCUAUUCCUACCUCUAUUGCUGCCAAUAGAUCCCUCUCUCGGCCUGGUGCUAUUCGUUGUACUAAAACCCAACCUGUUGAUGUUUCUUCUGAAUAUGGCUUCCGUCGUAGAGAUGUUCUCAAAUGCAUUGGAGCUACAGUUGGUUUGGAAUUCCUUGGAAGCUCAGGGUCAUGGGUUGAAAUGGCAAGUGCUGCUGAUUUGAUACAACGUAGACAGCGCUCUGAGUUCCUCUCAAGUAUUAAGGACACCUUGUAUACAGCUAUAAAGGAAAAUCCAGAUAUUGUCCCCUCCCUGCUAACUUUGGCACUGAAUGAUGCUGUGACUUAUGACAAGGCUACAAAAUCUGGUGGCCCAAAUGGAUCCAUUCGUUUUAGCUCAGAGUUAAGCCGACCUGAAAAUAAGGGGCUUUCAGCUGCUGUGAGUUUGUUAGAUGAAGCAAAGAAGGAGAUUGAUUUAUAUUCCAAGGGAGGACCUAUCUCAUACUCAGAUCUCAUCCAAUAUGCAGCUCAAACCGCCGUCAAGUCUACUUUUCUGGCUGCUGCUAUUCGCAAAUGCGGUGGGAACGAAGAGAAAGGAAGAACAUUAUAUGCGGCGUAUGGUUCAAACGGACAGUGGGGCUUGUUUGAUAGACAGUUUGGACGAAGUGAUGCUGAAGAGCCAGACCCGGAGGGAAGAGUGCCUCUUUGGGAGAAAGCAAACGUGCAAGAAAUGAAAGAUAAGUUCAAAGCAAUCGGCUUUGGUCCCCGUCAGCUAGCUGUGAUGUCUGCAUUCUUGGGUCCAGACCAGAAUGCAACAGAGGCCUUGCUAGUUACUGAUCCAGAUGUUUCUCCUUGGGUUCAAAAGUACCAGCGGAGCCGAGAAACUGUGUCCCAGACGGAUUAUGAGGUUGAUCUGAUAACUACACUUACAAAGCUAAGUUGCCUGGGGCAGCAAAUCAACUAUGAGGCAUACACAUAUCCAGUCAAAAAGAUUGAACUGAGCAAACUCAAAUUGUAGGAUGAAGCAGCAAAGUAAAGUGGUGAGCUCCGACACUAAAUUUUCCAAGUUGAAUCUUCUUAUCAUCGUUUGUGUAUUGAAAAAAUGAAAGUAUUUGUUAGUAUCAAUCAAUCCAUCCACGCUUCAAUUUCCAUUUGAAUGUUUAUAACAAAUGUUUGUUGUUGUAAUCUGUCAGCUCAAUAAGCUUGUGCUUGCACGGUUGACGUUAA